AUGAUCUAUGAAGGCAAAUAAUCCAUCUUCAGCCAUCAAGAUUAGUAUGCUUUGAUCAGACUAGUGAAUUCAGAAGAUGAUGCAACCACUAAGAAACACGAGGAAGGCAAGAUAACCUUCACAUUAAAAUUGGCCAAAUACUUAUCAACCUCAGGAAUAGGCGAUUAUUUGGAUAGCAUAAAUGUUGUUCUGAGCUUCCUCUUACCAGUACUCCAUCUGAUAGACUGCUCCUCAUGGGAACAGGGUGGAACUUUUGAUGUCGGAGAAGCCUAGCCGUAUAUAACUAUUCCGGAAUUGAUCUGUUACAUCUAUUUCCUUCUUGAUUUUGCCAUUAACUUCUACCUUUCAGAAAAUAAAUUGUUCUUCACUUUCCAAACCACAUCGUUAGUCGAAUAUGUUUCAAUAUUCCCAUCCUUACUUGCGAGAUUGAACAUAAUCACUGGUUACAAGUACAUUUACUUGUUGAGAGUUCUGCGAUUUUUAUUGUGCUACAAGUUGGAUAAGGUGUUACAGCGUUAAUCUAUGGAAGCUUAUAAACCAAUAGUAACAGUGAUGGCAAUCAUAAUCAUCAAUUCUUCAAUACUAUAUGUCGUAGAGUAGGAUUAUUCAAUUGUUGAGUACAUCUAUUUUAUGGUGGUUACCAUUUCCACCGUCGGUUUCGGUGAUGUGUAUCCGACAACAAUUUAUGGAAGAUUUUCAAUUAUUGUUGCAAUACUCAUUAUGUUCUUGGUGUUGCCAACAUAAGUAGAAAUGCUUACACGAGUUUACAGUUUGCGAAGUCAGUUCGCUAGAAACAAAUACAUUUCAAAAAAAGAAUAAGAGCACAUCUUGUUGCUGGGAUCCUCGUAGGUAGAAGGAUUCAAGACCUUUUUGAAUGAGCUCUAUCACAGUGAUCAUGGUUUGAAUGAUACCAACACUGUCAUCCUGCAACCUUCAGCUCCAACCGAAGAAAUGACUCUUUAACUUAAACAACCUGCUUUGUCCGAGAAAGUGAUCUAUUUGGAAGGACAUCCACUAUAAAAUAAAGACUUGGAAAGGUGCAGUUCCAAAGAUUGUAAUUGUGUGAUAGUUUUGGCUAAUAAGACAAGUCGCACUCCCAAAAGGGAUGAUUAUCGCAACAUCAUUCAUGCAUUUGCUGUCAAAUAGUUUGCAAAAAAAUAAAAAUCCAGAAAGGGAGCUCGAGUUUGUUUGUAGGUCUUGCAACCAUCAAGCAAAGAUUUGUAUUUUAAUUCUUUAGGUGGCCAUGAGACAGACUAAGUCAUUUGUGUAGACGAACUUAAACUCUAUCUUUUGGGAAAGACUUGUCUAUGUCCUGGGAUCAACACUUUGAUUUCUUUUUUAAUCCAGUCAUCAAAGCCUUCUUAUGAUACUACCAAGUAUGACAAGAACAAAGGGGAAUGGAUUGAUGAUUACUUAUGUGGAAUGCAAAAUGAAAUUUAUAGAGUUCCUUUGGAGUCUGAAGCAUUUGUGGGCCUCACUUUUAGUUAAAUUUCGUAAGCUAUUUACAAAGAAUUGAAUAUCAUCUUGUUUGCCUUGGAAGUUGAGUUAGAAUCAGGAACAAGUGUAUUUGUGAAUCCAGCAGAUUAUCUAUUUGAAGAUUACUUACAUUAUGGCUAUGUUAUAGCCACAGAGAUGCCAAAUAUCGAGAAGAUCCAACAGACCAAAUUCCCUGAAUACAUUUAAAAGAACUAUUGCUUUCCAAAUGUGCAAAGAUAAGCUAAUAAUAAAAAUGCUCUUCAGUAGGAGGCAGAAUACUUAAAAGAGAUAUUGAGUGAAGGCAUUAAAGAUGAUAGUUAGAAACAUACAUCCUAUUAUUAAGUCAAGCCACAGACUAUUACAACUGGACUUCCAAAGGUAGGGGAUUAAGACAAAUUCGAGAAUCACUUUAUUGUUUGCGGGGUUGUUUCAGAUAUGAAAUAUUUGAUGAUGCCUUUGAGGGCGAGAUCACUCAAAAAUAUACAACCUAUAGUUAUUUUAAAUUAAGAUUUGAUACCAACAGAAAUCCAAUUACAAAUUAAUAAAUUCCCUAAGGUGUAUUUUUAAUAAGGAUCUCCUUUGAAUACAGAAGAUCUCAAAAAAGCUUGUAUUUAAAAAGCAUCAGCUCUUGUGAUUUUGUAAAAAUCAGCUGAUUAAGAGGAGGGAAUUUCAAAUAUAGUUGAUGCUGACACAAUAUUUAUUUAUAAAACUGUGAAACUUUUAAAUUCGAAUAUCAAUAUAAUCACUGAACUAGCUUCAAUUUCGACAAUAUCAUUUUUGUAGAUCUCAAGAAAUAAUUACGUUUAAAAAUAUGAUUGGUCUGUAAGUGAACCAUUCGCUUCAGGGGAAAUUUACAUUUCUACAAUGCUUGAUACUCUAAUUUGUUAGGCCUAUUAUAAUCCAUUUAUUACCAGCAUUUUCGAUUAGAUGAUUUUAGGAAGUGCCUCCAUGAAUAAGAAAAAUAAAAAACUCUAUCAAGCAUGCAAAUUAUAGCAGAGCAAUCUCUUUUUGAUAAAUAUCCCACCUAAAUAUUUAGAGAAAACCUUUGGUGAACUCUUUGAGAUCCUUCUCACAGAACAAAAAAUGAUUCCUAUAGGACUUUACAGAGGAGAGAAAGUUAAAAACAACAAUAAACCUUAUGUAUUUCUUAAACCCCCCAUGGACGUUGUGCUCUAAAGCAAGGAUAGGGUAUAUGUUUUAAGUGCAAAACAACCGAAAGAGCUUGAAACUAUUAUUGAUAAUGAACCUAUUUAAAGAUAGGAGAAUGCAGCCUAAUAUUUUAACAUUAAAUCUAAAUUGUAAGGAGAAGAAGGUAGAGUGGACAUUGAGUUUUCGAGAGAAUUAAUGAAAUUUAAUGAUAAAAUGAAAAAUUUUAAUAACGAAUUGAUAAAAAUUAAUUAAAACGUCUUUAAUCAAGGCUUAAUACAUGCUGAAUUCAUUUCGACAGUUAGGUCAACAUUAAAAGGAGAAUUAGCCAAUCUGAACCAAGCAGUAUGA